AUGUCGCUGCUUAGUAGCUGGUGUAAAGGGGAGGGAGUACAUCCGAGGCAUGCUGUAGUGGUCAGUGAUGUUUCCGACGACAUUGAGACUCAGAAGCUGGUAGUGCUUUGUGAGUGCAGAGAGGUGGUUAGAACAGAGGCCCUGCCUAGUGAAGUGAAGCCGUCUGAUGGCAGUAGUCCAUGGGCACUUAGUGGGCCAGAUGAUGACACUACAGUAGUGUUUGAGACCAAGGGCACCAACCCCUCAACCCCAAAGCUGUCGCCACGUCCCUCAAGAUGUGAUGCCCAGAGUGAGCCUCCUCCUCCUGAUGCGCCAGCCUCCAUUCCAGUGGACACGUUUUUCAAGGUCAUAGAGAACCUCAUUGAGAAGACCUCAAGACCAUAUGAGGGCCAUGCAUUCAAACAGCUUCAUGUGUUUUCCGGGGUUUUCCCCACGCCUGCUGGAGAGGAGAGCCUGGACGCCUGGUUAGAGCAGGCCCGUCUGACGAUUGACGAGAGUGAGCUCCCCAGCCGUGAGAAACGGAAGAGGAUCAUCGAGUGCUUGAAAGGUCCAGCUUUUGAUAUAUUGAGUAACGACCCUAACGCCACCCUUGAUGACUUCCUGACUGCACUGGAAAAGGCUUUCGGCUCCACGGAGUCUGGAGAAGAUCUUUACAUAGUGUUCCGAUCCAUGCAGCAGCAUUCUGGUGAGAGCCUGUCCGACUUCUUGAGACGCCUGGAACACAUGCUGACCAAAGUUGUUUGGAAGGGAGGACUUCACCCGUCACGGAGGGACCAGGCCCGGGUGGAACAGUUACUGCAUGCUUCUGUGCACCAGUUUAAUGCAACAGAGAAUACAACCUCCUCCACCUCCGAAGCAGCCCAUCUACGGUCAGAGAUUGACGACUUAAAGGCCCAGCUCUCCAGGCUUUCUGCUCAGAAGUCAAGCACACGGUCAGACACUGUAGAGGAGGAGCCUAUGCAGUCCAGAGGGGCGAGAGCUGAGAAAAGGAAUGCAACCCCUGACCUUCAGCAGCAGGUGAAUGAGCUACAGCACCAGCUCCAGGCCAUGGCUGUUACUCUGAAAGACCACACUGCCUGA